GAGAUAUUCCCACAGACCAACGCAAAACCAGGAACGUGGAUCGCUUUGACUGUACCAAAGAGAACAAGGAAGCAACAUGUGCCGAUAACUAUACAAGUAAUAUGAUCACAGCAAUAUACAGAGGAAAUAGAGAAAAUAGUAAUUGUACUGGAUAUUUAAAAUACUGCGGUUAUUAUACAGAAACUAUGAAGAGAGAGGUAAACGCCGGGGUAAAUUUCCUGAGAAGCCUAGCCGUGGAGCGGGGUGGCUUGGAUAGAACCAAAGCUGACGCUUUUGCUGGAAAGCUGCGGCUACUUCUGUGCGACAAAUUCAAAGACCACUGGUACCCCGACAACCCCAACAAAGGACAGGCAUUCAGGUGCAUCAGGGUAAGCGAGGGGGUGGUGUGUGAUGAAGAGGUGCUGAGAGCGUGUGAGGAGAGCAAGCUCAAACCCAGCGAGCUGGGCCUCCCAUGCGAGAUUGCGCUGUGGAUCGACCCACUGGAGGUGUGCGCACGGUCAGGGGAGAACUGCAGAUACUUCACAGUAGCUCGUUUCAAAGAAGGAGAGGAGGAGGAUGAGGAAGAUGUGAAAGGAGCCAAAGAUGUUGAACUGGAUACGUCCGACUACCACUCUGCCAGCUCGUCUGACUGUGGCUCUGCUGUCUCCAGCGAUACAGAGGAGGAGGGGAAGGAUGGAGAGACGGACGGAAGAAAAGAUGAGAAGACGAAAGAGAAAGAGGGAAAGAAAGAGAAGGAGAAGGUGGGGGGCGAACCUUGUGUGAUUGCCAUGAUGCCCAGGGUUCGGAACAGGUUCAGGGUGGAGCAUGCUCAACAGAAGGUCACCAAAACACUGCUCCAGCCCACCUCUCAGCAGUACUUCUACCACCCUGCCCCUGUGUGGCCCACAACGUACAAGAAGAAGGGUCCUGUGUUCCUCACCACAAUAUACGCGCCUCCGCCUCCCCCAGCGUUCGGCUACUACGUCCUGCCCCAGCCACCCCCGCAGUUCAUCAUGCCUUAUGCCACUCUGCAGCCAUGGGGGGCUGUGAAGAGCUAAAACAACUGGUUAGAAAGUUAAACUGCUAUUUUACAUAUGAGCCGAUCACAAUGGGCCUAUGCAGGUUUUUGAAGGUGUGGGUGAGGCGCAAUUAAGAUAGUUUGACAAAAUAUUUGAAGGGUUAGCGAGGAGCAGAACUUGAUUCAUUAUAUCAUUUUUUGAUUGCUGUACACUUCUUUUUCUUCUUUUUGGUGACAAUCAGUUUUGGGGAUUUCCUCUAUGUAACUUUCUUAGGUAGAAUUGCCACUGAAGUAAACAGGGAAUAUACUAAAACAGGCAUUUAGCAAAUAUUGCUACAGGCACUUCCCUAAGGGCUGCCAGUGUGUUUUGGUUUAGGGUAAUCCACUGAUUAAAAGUAGUCUAUUCAUAUUGAAAAAAAGCAGUGGAACUGGCUUUGAGGUCCAGAGUGUAGUUUGAGGGCUGUAUUCCUUCAUUGGGUGCUCAUAACAUCUCAGGAAUCCUCAGCAAUAAGCUGAAAAACAAAGCUUUGAUGAUUUUAGAUAUUUUUGUAAAUAUUAUAGACUACCUUUCAUCUGUCACCUCUAUGAAGCAUCAAAAUGGUAAAUGUGCACUGUAAGAUAUAGACCAUGUCAUGGUCCUGGUGGGCCUAAAAUACUUCAGUUUUUUGUUUCUACCUGGUAGUUAAUUGGACUCACCUGGUGUCACAGGUCUGAAUUAGUCCCUGAUUAGGAGAGGAUGAAAACCAGUAGUGUUUCGGCCCUUCAGGACCAGGAUUGGGCAGCCCGGCUAUAGACUGUAACGAUAUGCAGCUACAUGUGGUAACAUAUGUACCGUGUCUCUUGAAUUCUCAGAAGCUGCAUCUAACUGCACAUCAUUACAAUAUAAUGUAUCAAUACGAGACAAUAGUCUUAUUAUUUUUGACAAUUCACUGUGAUUGUAACCUGUAUAUUUUACCUGUUAAGUACAAACCUCUCUCUAUUUUAUAAUGAUUAACAGACCAACCAGAAGCUUUUUGUACAUACUGUUAACUUAUUAAGAAAAUGUAAUUAUCAACCACAUUUGUUUUUUUAAAUUUGUUGUAAUUUAUUUUUCCAACUGUGGGUGGUACCAAAUUCACUGUUGUAAAGUCAAAUUCCAUGCAUAUUUAUGGAGAUUCUUUGUUUUACAUAUCUUGAUAAAGUUUGUAGUGUUGGUGCAUGUAUAAUUUUAAUAAUUAUUUGUUUAUCAUUUCCUUUUUUAGAAAUCUUUAGUCUGAUAAAGGCCAGAUUGAAGAACAUCACAAUUGUGAUGUACUCUUAUAAUCUCCACCCGGCACAGCCAGAAGAGGUCUGGCCACCCCUCAGAGCCUGGUUCCUCUCUAGGUUUCUUCCUAGGUUCCUGCCGUUCUAGGGAGUUUUUCCUAAGCACCGUGCUGCAUUGAUUGCUGUUAGAGGUUUUAGGUUGUGUUUCUGUAUAGCACUUUGUGACAUCUGCUGAUGUAAAAAGGGCUUUAUAAAUAAAUGUGAUUGAGUGAUUGCUGGGAUAAAAUGGGUCUGAACUUAACUGUAUUCACUCCUGUAUAAUCAGUCUUCCAUGGAUUUACUGUAAAUUGUUUUCUAUACUGGAAAUAAAAAAUGCUUGGGUGAUCCAAAUGUUUAGCUUUAAUAUGAAUAGAUGUUUUCAUAACUUAAUACUUAUAUUCUAUAUUUUUAUACUGGCUUUUAUUGGCCCAUUGAUCUGCUCUGGAUGCAUAUUUAUUAAAUUUUAUUAAUUGCCUUUUCACUUGUUCUGAGUACAGAGCAGUACUCUGUUCACACAAUUCUUACUGUAUCUGAUAGACAAUUGUCCAUGCUAAUGUCUAUGUUAAGCUGUGUCCGUUUUUAUACUAAUCAUCUCUCUGUCUUGUCAGCACAUAACAUUAAAUCAACCGAUUUAUAAAAUCAAA